AUGUCCGAAGAUAAAGCUACUGUGGUUGUGAUAGACAACGGAUCUGGUAUGUGUAAGGCCGGGUUUGCAGGAGAGGAUGCCCCGCGUGCUGUUUUCUCAAGUGUCGUUGGACGACCCCGUUACCAGACAAAAACGAUAGAUGUGAGUCAGAAAGAAAGCUAUGUUGGAGACGAUGCUCAACUAAAGAGAGAUAUCCUUACACUCAAGUAUCCCAUUGAGCACGGGAUUAUCGUUAAUUGGGAAGACAUGGAGAAAAUCUGGCAUCACACUUUCUACAACGAACUGAGAAUUGUCCCAGAGGAGCACCCUAUUCUGCUGUCAGAAGCGGCUUUAAAUCCCAAAGGCAACCGGGAAAAGAUGACCCAAGUCAUGUUUGAAACCUUCAAUAUACCAGCCAUGUACGUUUCUAUUGAAGCGGUACUUGCAUUGUACGCUUCAGGUCGCGGCUCUGGUGUCAUGGUAGAGUCCGGAGACGGUGUUACGCAAAUAGUUCCUAUCUUUGAAUCUUGUGCGCUACUUAAUGGUAUCAUGAGAUUGGACUUAGCAGGGCGUGACUUGACAGAAUACCUGAUGAAGAUAUUAUCAGAGAGAGGUUAUAGUUUUACCACAACUGGUGAAAGAGAAAUCGUUAGAGAAAUCAAGGAGAAACUGUGCUACGUCGCGGUUGAUUUUGAACACGAAAUGCAAACUACCUCACAAUCUUUUGGUCUAGAGAAGUACAAGCUUCCAGAUGGCCAAAUUAUCACUAUUGGCAACGAAAGCUUUAGAUGCCCAGAGCCACUGUUUCAACCUUCUCUACUUGGCCUGGAGAUGCCUGGAAUUCACGAAGCAACAUACGACUGCAUCAUGGAAUGUGACAUCGAUACCCGUAGACAUUUUUAUAACAACAUCAUUUUGUCUGGUGGCAACACAAUAUUCCCUGGCAUCGCCGAUCGAAUGAAGAAGGAAAUCAGUUCCCGUGUUCCUGAAAGCAUGAGAGUGAAUGUCGUGGACUUCAACGAUCGUAAAUAUUUUGUUUGGAUAGGUGGUUCCAUCUUAGGUUCCCUGUCCACCUUGCAACAACGGUGGAUUUUAAAGGAGGAGUACGAUGAAAAAGGACCUUCGAUUAUGCACAGAAGGUGUUUAUAA